AUAAAAGAUGGAAUCAAAAGCUUUCGGUUAUGUUACGUUCUUGAUCAUCACCCUUCUUCUCUGUGGAACAAUUCGAUGCAGCGUGGAGAAGAAGAUGAUGCUAGGAGGUGUUCAUGAUCUCCGAGGAAACCAGAACAAUGGUGAGAUCGAGAGUCUCGCUCGGUUUGCUAUACAAGAGCAUAACAACAAAGAGAACAAGGUUUUGGAAUUCAAGAAGAUUCUCAAGGCAAGAGAACAGGUAGUUGCGGGAACCAUGUACCACUUGACUCUAGAAGCAAACGAAGGUGGCAAGACAAAGAAUUUUGAAGCUAAGGUUUGGGUGAAGCCAUGGAUGAACUUCAAGCAGCUGCAAGAGUUUAAGGAAUCCUCCUCUUGAAGUUCACUUGUUCAAAGGUAAUCUAUAUGUUUAUGUUAAUUCUCUGAGAGAGAAUAAAUAAGCCUAAGAUAGCUUUGUUUCAAACCAGUGAGUGUUAAGACAAAACCUAAAGUUAAUAUAAUCAAGAAACUUGUUCGAUUUUCC